UCAGGAUCACAUGUGUCCAGCUCUGUGUCUCUGAAGAGUGAUCAGUCAAAAGGAGAAGUACCACCAAACUUCAGUGAGGAAAAACCAUCAUCUAAUAAAAGUGUAAGAUCAGGAUCACAUGUGUCCAGCUCUGUGUCUCUGAAGAGUGAUCGGUCAAAAGAAGAAGUACCACCAGCCUUCAGUGGGGAAAAACCAUCAUCUAAUAAAAGGCUUCGAUAUGAGACAUUAGACUCAGACGUUCAGACUCACAGGAACCACAAGAAUUUCAAAGACAAUCUCCUGUGGAUCUUCCAGGAUAUUGAGAGCAAAAUAAUCAAAUUUCUGAAGAAAGAGCUGGAAAAGUUUAAGAAAAUAUUACAACAUGAGAACAGAGAAAACUUUGUGAAGGACUUUAAUGAGAAUAGAUGCAGUAUCAAAGCAGCAGCUCUUGAUCUCACACUACAUUACCUGAGAGAGAUGAAGCAAGAUGAAGCUGCUGAUGAUCUAGAAGUUCAGCUGGUCUUAAUUGAUCAGCUAAAAUGUGGCCUAAAGAAGAAGUAUCAAUGUGUGUUUGAAGGAAUUGCGAAGCAUGGUGACUCCAUACUUCUGAAUAACAUCUACACAGAUCUCUAUAUCACUCAGGGUGGCAGUGAACAGGUCAAUACUGAACAUGAGGUCAGACAGAUUGAAGUUGCUUCCAGGCGUCAUGAAUCUCAAGAGAUUCAGGUUAAAUGCACAAAUUUGUUUGAAGCUCCUGAACAAGACGAGGAGAUCCGAACUGUACUGACAAAAGGAGUCGCUGGCAUCGGAAAAUCAGUCUCUGUGCAAAAGUUUGUUCUGGACUGGGCUGAAGGAAAAGAAAAUCAAGAUAUCAGUUUCAUAUUUCCUCUUCCAUUCAGAGAGAUGAACUUAAAGGAGAAAGAAAAACUAAGUUUGAUGGAACUUAUAACUCAUUUUUUCCCAGAGACAAAAGGACUGAACCUUACAAGAAGGAAUCAAUUCAAAGUCCUGUUCAUCCUUGAUGGAUUGGACGAAUGUCGCCUUCCUCUGAAGUUUGAUUGUAAUGAGACGUGGUGUGAUGUAUCGUCACCAGCCUCUCUGGACGUUCUCCUAACGAACCUCAUGAAGGGAAAUCUGCUUCCUUCUGCUCUCAUCUGGAUCACCACCAGACCAGCAGCUGCCAGUAAGAUUCCUCCUGACUGUAUCGACCGGCUGACAGAGAUACGAGGAUUCAGUGAUGCACAAAAGCAAGAGUACUUCAAAAAAAGAUUCACGGAUCAGAAUCAGGCCAUCACAAUCAUUGAUCAUGUUAAAAAAUCAAAGAGUCUCUUUAUCAUGUGCCACAUCCCAGUCUUCUGCUGGAUUUCAGCCACUGUUCUCCAGAACAUUCUGGAGAAGAAAAGAAAUAAUGAUGUGAAAAACAAUCAGGCUGAUGAGAUCUCUAAAACACUACAGGAAUCAAAUACUGAAGACACUCCCAAGACUCUGACACAAAUGUACACACACUUUCUCCGCUUUCAGAUCCAGCAGAGCCGCCGAAAGUAUGAUGGAGAAUACGCAGCAGAUGUUUCCUGGGAUAAAGACACCAUCCUUUCACUGGGGAAACUGGCAUUUCAUCAGCUGGAAAGAAACAACGUGAUCUUCUAUGACACAGACCUGGAAGCCUGUGGUAUUGACGUCUAUAAGGCAUCAGUGUACUCAGGCAUGUGUACCCAGAUCUUUAAGGAGGAAACAGGGAUCAUUCUUGGUACCAUGUACUGCUUUGUUCACUUGAGCAUUCAAGAGUUUAUUGCAGCCCUUUAUGCACAUCUGUUUCUAGACAUCAACAAGAAAAGUAUGUUUGUUCAUGAGUCUGCAGAACAGAAAAGCAAAAAUGAAACCAUGAUUGAUUUUCUGAAGACUGCAGUGGACGAGGCGCUCAAGAGUGACAAUGGACACCUGGACCUUUUCCUUCGCUUCCUCCUCGGUCUGUCACUCCAGUCCAAUCGACGACUCUUACGGGGUCUGUUGACACAGCAAGACGGCAAUGACCAGAGCAACAAGGAAAUAGUUCAGUACAUCAAGCAGAAAUUAGAAGGUAAUCUGUCUGCAGAGAGAUCCAUCAAUCUGUUCUACUGUCUGAAUGAACUGAACGACCAAACUCUGGUGAAGGAGAUUCAGACCCACCUUAGCAAAGGAAGUCUCUCAUCUGGUGACCUUUCACCUGCCCAGUGGUCUGCUUUGGUCUUUGUGUUGUUGACAUCAGAGGAAGAGCUGGAGGAGUUUGAGCUUCAGAAAUUCAAGAAAUCAGACGAGUGUCUCAUUAGAUUAUCGGCAGUCAUCAAAACCUCCAGAAGAUUUAUAUUAUAACACUUUAUACAGUAUAUUCGUUCGGCCUGAUUUUGUUCGAAAUGAUUCACAUCAGUUUGUACUUCGAUUUCAUUUGAAGUGUAUCGGGGACUUUACCCAGUAAAGCCUGACAUAUGAAAUAAUAGUCUGAAAAAAUCUAUUUUUUUAAUGGAGACAGUUUAUCAAAUAUUUAGACAAAAUAUAAAAGAACAUUUAAAAAUGUUUUAAAUGUUCUUUUAUAUUUUAAAAAUAAUUCUGAAAGGUUAUGAUAUAAAACAAGAGAUUUUUAUAUAACAGGCUAAAUAAAGUACAAUUAUAUUAUCAGUUGGUACUCUGUAUCUCCCAAUAAUUUGAUAUUUUAAAUGCUUAGUUUUAUGAGAAGUGCUUUAGUUUUAAUUGUGUUUGUACUGCAAUAAGUAGAUGAUUGAGAGAUUUACA